AUGUCAUAUCCCGCCCCUCCAGGUUUGAAAUCCUCCACAACACAACCGCCAGCUUCACUUCCUGCCCGACCGCCCCCUUCUGCGGUCAGUCCUGCGCCUUCUUUCAAGCCAAGUGGUGGGACGAAACCGGCAUUUACUGCCUUUGCACCGCGAUCAGUCGCAGCGGCCACCUCAUAUCGAACCAACAGUCCAGCACAAUACUCUGCUGCGCCCAUCACAAACUACAGCCCUCCGAGUGCCUACACUCAAACACAACCUAGCUACUCUGCUCAACCUCAAUAUGACAAUUCAUACUCAGCAGCACCUCAGAUCCGGAACCCUUUCGUUCCUACCUCUGAAACGACUUCAUCGGGUGCUUACCCUCCAGGCUACGACCCUGACUAUGAGGCACAAGUCCAGCAAUGGCAGAGCGCUUACAUGAGCAGAGACAACGGAGCGAGUUCUGCGACUACAACCCGACCACCCACCACAUCCACAGUACCUGCUGCUAAUACUUCAAAGACAGAGCCACUUCACAAUGCUGAGACGGCGUCCAAGACAGUCCAGCGGUCGGGAGGCGGAACAACUUGGACUGACAACACUCUACUCGAAUGGGAUCCUGCCCAUUUCCGCAUAUUCGUAGGGAAUCUUGCAGGCGAAGUCACGGAUGAAUCUCUUCUCAAAGCCUUCUCACCAUACCCAUCAGUUCAGAAAGCACGAGUGAUCCGAGACAAGCGCACCACAAAAUCCAAGGGUUAUGGUUUCGUGAGUUUCGCUGAUGGCGAUGACUAUUUUCGGGCUGCGAGAGAGCAGAACGGAAAGUAUGUAGGCAGUCACCCGAUCGUGGUGAAAAAGGCUGUCAACGAUGUUCGUCCAGCUACACAGAAACAGAACAACCACAAGGGUAAAGGCAAAGGUGGUCAUGGAAAGGUUGAGCAUGGAGGUGUCAACAAGAAACAGCCAAAGACGAAGGGUGGAUUGAAGGUUCUAGGCUGA